AAUGGUGAAAGAAAGAUAGAGUUGGUGAAUCAAUUUAUAUUUAAGAAAACACUGUUGGUCAUCCUCCACGCGUGUAGAACACAUUAAGGCCAUCAACGACUAGUAAUUUCUGGUGCAGUGCAAUUAAUUUACUCCCCACAAUUUCCUAUGCCCUUGUCCACUUGUGCACCGAAGCGGUGAAUCAAUAUCUGUUCCAUUCAUCUGUACAAAAAGUAGAUCAACUAAAGCACCGGUUGCCAUUAACCAAAUGCAAGAGUUGCUCUGCGUACAUUCUAUUUAGUUAUUAGACUUUUUGUUUAGAAGCCAUGGAAAAAGCUCAAGGCACUAAGCCAAUAUAAUAGUAAUGUCUACAAUGAGCAUGAAUAAUAACACAAGUUUGAUGGCCACAGAGAAUGUGAGCAAAGUGGGUUUAGGAUAUGGAAUAGCAAUAGCAGUGGGAAUACUGGUAUUGGUGUCUACAAUAAUGCUUGCCUCUUAUGUCUGUGUGAGAGUGCAAGGAGUAAGAGGCACGUUUGGUAAUACUAAUAAUGGUGAGCAUUCACAUUCAGCAGGAAAUAUAAAUAAUAAUAACAGUUUAUCAGGAAUUGGGUCUUCGGUAAACAUAAUAAUUAACUGUAUAGAAGGAGGCACAGGAGGUCUGGAUGAGAGCACCAUAGAUUCAUAUCCAAAGGUGGUGUAUUACAGGCGCCAGCAGCUGCCCAGGUCGCAGGACACGUGUUGCUCCAUUUGCUUGGGUGAGUACAAGUACAAGGAAGUUUUACGUCUGUUGCCGGAUUGUAAGCACUGCUUCCAUGCAGGGUGUGUGGAUGCAUGGCUGAGGUUGAAUCCCUCUUGUCCUGUCUGUAGGACGGCUUCUCCGUUACCGUCUCCGUCAGUUACACCUCUUCCCACGCCUCUCUCGGAGCUCAUUCCUCUCGCAAGGCAUUCUGUUGAUGGCCGUUGACCAAUCUUGUUACAUCAGGUAGCACAAAAAUUCUUUCAAUUUGGAGAAGAAUUCAGGCAUUUUGAUUAGGUCAGAGUUUUUAUUGAAGUAGGGAUAGUUUACAUCACUUCAAUACUGCCUAUGGUCUAACCAAAUGUUACACCCAAAGGUGCCAUUGUUAACAGACUAUGAAGGUGAAGGUUUGUGGUUGAAGAUGCAUGAAAACCAGAAUAUGUCUCUGGAUGAUCUUGUAAGGCUGUGCCUUUUUGCUCUUCAGAUUUGUACUUAUGCCAAGAACAUAAUGUACAUUUUGGACCAUUUAUUCAUUUCAUA